AUGUCUGACGCUCCGCUCCUAGGCAGACGUCCAACAACCCGAACCAGUUUCAAGGAUUCCGUAUACUUCACGUUGAAGCUGGCUUUGCUCUCGUCACCAGUCAACUACCUCCUAGUUUUCGUGCCCUUGGGGCUUCUCUCUGGCGGGUUGGACUGGGGAUCCAAUGCCACGUUCUGGCUCAAUUUUCUUGCCAUUGUGCCGUUGGCGUCAGUAUUAGCGUAUGCUACGGAAGAGUUGGCCGAACACACGGGUGAGACCAUCGGCGGUUUGUUGAACGCUACGUUUGGCAACGCCGUGGAGUUGAUCGUGUCGAUCAUUGCGUUGUUGAAUGGGCAGGUGAGAAUUGUCCAGGCACUGAUGCUUGGUUCCAUCUUGUCCAACUCGUUGCUUGUGUUGGGAUGCUGUUUUAUUGCUGGCGGCAUCACCCGUGUGCAGCAGACCUUCAAUCAGACUGUGGCACAGACGAUGUCGUCAUUGAUGGCGUUGGCCACUGCUGGUCUAUUGAUUCCCGCUGCAUUCCACUCUUCGGUGCCCUCUGACGGGAAAGCCAAAUUCCCUGACCCAAACUCAGAUGCAGACUUCAAGAUCUUGUCUCUUUCUCGUGGAGUGGCCAUCAUUCUCCUUGUUGUGUACAUUCUCUACUUAGUGUUCCAGUUGAAGACCCACAAGGCGCUUUUUGAAGAGCAGUCCCAGGAAGAUGACGGCAUCAUCACUUCCAGCCUCGCUGAAGAAGGAACGUCCGCCAAGGGCGACGCAGAGCACUUGACCAUUAUUGGCUCGCUCUCUGUGCUCGUGCUUGCUACAUUGCUUGUGUCUUUUUCCGCAGACUACUUGGUGGGCUCCAUUGACGACAUCGUGGAGCUGCUGGGCUUGUCCAAGACAUUUAUCGGUUUAAUUGUGAUCCCCAUUGUGGGCAACGCCGCUGAGCAUGCUACAGCGGUGAUUGUGGCCAUGAAGGAUAAGAUGGACUUGGCCAUUGGCGUCGCCGUGGGGCUGUCAUUGCAGAUAGCCCUCUUUGUCACUCCAUUCAUGGUAAUCAUCGGGUGGAUUGUGGAUGUGCCCAUGUCGUUGUACUUCUCUACGUUUGAGACGGCGGUGAUGUUUGUUUCUGUGUUCAUCACCAACUUGGUGAUUCUUGACGGCGAGUCCAACUGGUUGGAAGGGGCCAUGCUUUUGAGCACCUACUUGGUGGUAGCGCUAGCCUUCUUUUACUACCCAGACAACGUUACCCCAUAG